AAUACCAGGAAAAUCCUGAAAUAACAGCCACCUCCUACAAGCAAGAAAAAUUUGACUGUGGCUGCAAGUGGAAAAAUUUGGAAAGCCAGCAAUUAAUGCCAUGUCCAGGUGUGACAGUCGGCCUGCGUGAGGUCAUCUCUUCACCUUCAACAAAGCACACACACACACACAUGUCAUUAGCCAAACUCUAAGUAAAGCUACGGUAGCUUGGUUAAUCAUUGUAGUGAUUGUACUACCACUAACCUACGUUUUCCUAGUUCAUCCCACUUCUUUUUAAAGUUACAUACAUCUAGAAUGAACACUCCUACGUUAGCUAGCAAUGGUGGGAGCAGCCCUCCGGGUGUAUCUUCAUCCAAUGAAACUGCAGCGGCCCAUCGCCGUGAACUGAGUGUUGUUGUAGCUUGUUUACUACAAGAAGCUGGAUUUGUUACUGUGGACAAGUGUGCGCUCGGCACGCUAGUCGAGAUUUUGCAGAGCACUCUGGUUGAGGUUGGCCGGACUGCACGAGGAUAUAGUGAGCUGGCUUACAGGACUCAACCUGUUGUGGCUGAUAUUGUUCUUGCAUUUGCUGACAUGGGCAUCAAUUAUGAUGGCUUGCAGGCCUAUUCUCGAAGGGUUGGCCGCAGUGUAGUACCUCCUUCUUCUGUCCAACAAGACAACAAAAGUCACUCCAUUUUACAGGUUGGCGAUAAGAAGCCUCAUUUUGGAUACAUACCUGACAAUUUGCCACCUUUUCCUGACACACAUACCUAUUGUUUCACACCAACAGUUAAGCAGCCAGUAACGGAGUAUGAGGCAAUUCGAGAGAAGGCAGCUACACAGAAGCGCGAUAUUGAGAAAGCACUCACCAAAUUUGGGACCAAAACAAAUCCCACAGAAAGUCUCUUCAUUGCUGAUGACAGAGAAUUCGCCUUGAUCUGCGUGGCGCCGAGCCUCACUCAGAACAUGGAUGCCCUGAUGCCCAGAGAUCAGGUGUUCGAGGCUGAACACGACUGCACGGUAGCGAGAGCGCGCCGUCGUCGCCUCGACCGCCUGCACCAUCAACAGCAACAACAACAGCUCAAAAAUGAACAGGGGGAGCCUGAACAGGAAUUGAAGGCAAUGCCUGAAAUAACAGAGGUGGACAUCGCCGACAACCCUUACCUCCGCCCUGUCAAGCUCCCUCGCAAGAAGACGUCACAAGGCCGCCUCAAGUCACCUGACGUCUUUUCACCUACCCGAGACUCCCACCAGCUCGGCCCGAACAUCAGCAGAAUUGUUCUCAAUGCCAACACCGAUCCUGCAAAUAUUACCGAUCCUCGACGAUCUUUCCAGUCCCCUAGUCCCCGCACGGACUUGCUGUCGCCGACACUUGAGCGCUUCAGCAGCGACGUUCCCCACGCCGAGCUGGAUCUCGAGUACGACGACCAGCCAGGCUAUGAUGAACAGCAGCACGACGCUCCGAGCCCGGCAAUCGAGGAUCAUGUCAUGCAUUAUGAGGAUGAAUCUGCUUAAAAUUGUCAUUCAUUUCAUGUACGUCAGAAUUCAAUUCUCCCUCAACGUGACUUUAGAAUUAGACUUUUUCUUGCGACGGAUAAUUUUUCAUACUCAUGAUCAUGUUCUCUAUAGCCGGGCAUCAGAGAAGCUCGUAUAUAAUUGACGUAAUUAUGUCAUUUAAUUCACGUCAGAAUUCGCUCGUUUUUUCUCUUUUCACACCUUUUCCCAAUACUGCCAAUUUUUUAACCAAUGCUCAUUUCCCUUGGUUAAGUGUAAGAUUUUCUCAAAACGUUUUUCCAGCUUAAUUCAUGCAGAAAACUGCGUAUGGAACGGACGGCAAUGAUUGCUUUUUGAAUAUGCAUUAUGCUUCGCAUCAACGAGCGUAGAUUGAGUGAGUAAUUUAAAUUUAUUCCUGGUUAGUACUUUUUGUUCCUAAAUACAGUGUGGAGAAAACAUCAGCAGCUUUUAACGUAAAUGAAAUCCAUUUAUAGCGCAUUUUCUCAUUUAUUGAAAAAAUGCCCUAUUGUGCUCGUCA